UGAGUCGCGUGCUGUUUAAAACCGCCUUUCUCGAUCGUUCAGUUAGAGAAAAUGUCGCCGUCCCUGCUCGUCACGUUAACGCUGUGUCUGGCGUUCGUCCCGCCGUCCGUACGUGCAGACACAUUUGCCAAUUGUUCCUACGAACAGAUUGUCGGCACUUGGACGUUUUUGAUGGGACCGGACAACAACGACAACACGAUUAAUUGCAGUAUUCCAUUUCAAGAGGUGACAACGUAUACGCUUACGUUAUACUUUCCGGAUAUCGCGGUGGACACAGCUGGGAAUCAAGGAUUUUGGACUCUUAUUUACAAUCAAGGCUUUGAAGUUGUUAUCAAUAAUAAAAAGUUCUUCGCCUUUUCCUUUUAUGCUGAAAACCCAAAGCCUUAUGUUAGUGUUUGCAACGAAACCUUUCCUGGAUGGUCGCACAAUAUCGACGGGCACAACUGGGCGUGUUAUUCCGCGAGAAAGAUAUCCAAGUCGCCAAACAGUCCUCUGGUGUUCAAAGAGACAAACAGACAUACGUGGAAAUACGGCAGAAAAUAUAUUCCAAAUGUAGAAUUCAUUAAUGAUAUAAAUAAAGAACAGAAGUUAUGGCGAGCCGAUCUAUAUUGGGAAUACCGUCACUGGAGUAACGCCGAUCUUCUUCAAAGGGCUGGCGGAUUCCGAAGUGGAAGGGCGUUUCCCAAAACGGCCCCUGUUACGUCAUCGCAAGAGAAAGUUGCUGCCUCCUUGCCAAAAGAGUUCGACUGGCGAGAUGUGAAUGGCGUCAGUUUUGUGUCUCCGGUCAGAGACCAGGGAAGCUGUGGUAGCUGCUACGCGUUCGGCUCGAUGGCUAUGUACGAGGCACGUCAACGCAUCGUCACCAACAACACCGUGCAGUUGGUGUUUUCCACGCAGGAUGUCGUCAGCUGCUCACAGUACUCACAGGGUUGUGAAGGAGGGUUCCCCUACUUGGUGGCAGGAAAGUAUGGCCAAGACUUCGGCUUGAUCGAGGAUUCCUGCUUCCCAUACUCUGCCAGAGAUGAACCAUGUAAAAUGUCACAGUGUCGCCGUUACUACACACGUGACUACUACUACGUUGGAGGAUUUUAUGGCGCGUGUAAUGAGGCUCUCAUGCGCAUUGAGCUUGUCAAAAACGGACCAAUAGCCGUGAGCUUUGAGGUGUAUCCAGAUUUUCCAAGCUAUAAGGGUGGAAUUUACAUUCAUACCAAGUUGGCUGACCGAUUUAAUCCUUGGGAAAUAACCAAUCACGUGGUACUCAUUGUCGGCUAUGGAAGGGAUUUGAAAAGUGGGGUGCCGUUUUGGAUUGUGAAGAAUAGCUGGGGAAACAAGUGGGGAGAAGACGGCUACUUCCGAAUUAGGAGAGGAACUGACGAAUGCAGUAUGGAAAGCAUGGCUGUCGGGAUAACGCCGAUCUUAUAAAACUAAACAAUCGGGUGUUUCCGGUUAUUCCCGACCAUACCCGUUGGGAAGCAUAACGGGCUUUCAGAAAUAAAUGUAUAUAAAUAUUUUUCAAAAUGCAUAUUA